AUUAAACAGCAGUUGAUUAGUUGAUCGGUCAAAACACGUGUAUGGUGUCAACAAACAUCACUGUCUUUUUACCAAAGAUAUGGCAAAUAGAGGCCCAGUAUACGGUUUGAGUCGUGAAUGUCAGUUGAAGACAAAAGAGAAGUUUAACCUUGACCGUGCCAGGGAAGCCGUAGGGUGGAUAGAGGAGGUCACCGGACUCAGUCUGACGCCAAGUCGAGGCAAGAUUCAGGAUGAAUACGACGUGGCGGAGGUCCUCAAGGAUGGAACAGCUCUCUGUGAGUUGAUGAACAAAAUUAAUCCUGGAGCAAUAAAAAGGUAUCACAAACAGAAGACAACAUUUAAACAGAUGGAAAAUAUUGAAUUGUUCAUCAAUGCAUGUCUGAACUACAACAUGAACAAAGUUGACAUAUUCCAAACUCUUGAUCUGUACGAGGCCAAAUCCAUGUACUCGGUUGUGAAUGCCAUUCAUGCUUUAGGAUCACUGGCUAAGAAAAAUGGCUACUCUGGUCCAACAAUUGGUGUCAAACUUGCUGACAAGAAGGAGAGGAAAUUCACCGAGGAGCAGAUAGCAGAAGGUAACCGAGUGAUCGGUCUGCAGUAUGGGACCAACAAAGUGGCAUCUCAAGCUGGGAUGACCCCGUACGGUCUGCCCCGACAGAUCCUGCCCAGUCAGACAAGCGUGGAGGAGAGGACGAGUGUGGAGGAGAGGACGAUGCUAGAGUCACAGACGAAGCAGGACAACGUGGAUGAAAAUGGUCUCGACAACCAUGUGGACGAUGCUGUAGACUCCCACGAUAAUACUUAGUUCACAGCUGAUACAUUUAAGUUUAUAGGAUAUGAAAAUGUUAACAUUGUUUGCUGUAGCAGUGUUCUCACUGGGUUAAAAUUAAAGGGUGUGUGACCCCCACACCCACCCACCCAACUAUUUUGAUAACCAUGUGGCUGAUGGUGUAGUCUUCAACAAUAAUACUUAGUUCAUGGCUGAUACAUUUAAGUUUUCAGACUAUGAAAAUGUUAAUAUUGUUUGUUGUAACAGUGUUCUCGUUGGGUGAAAAUUAAAGGGUGAUGUGAUUGCCACCACUCCCUUCAUAGUGUUAAAAUAAGAUUGUUCAUUUUGAAAUAGCAGGGUGGGUAGAAAUGAAGGUGAAUGUGAUAAAAUAUAAUAAGGUAUGGAAAAAUAAAGUGGGGUGCAAAACUAAUAAAGCGAGGCAGUAAAAUGUGAAAGGGGGUGGCACCCACCUAUUAUAAACUAGCAAAAAAACCUAUAACAAUACAAAAUCCAUCAUUUUAAAAAAAUAAUUAAAACAGAUAUUAAAAACUAUGGCUCCCUUUGUUUUUUUAAUACAUUAGAAAAUAUGGUUACCCAGAAAAAAAAUCCACAGGAUUAAAGGUCUUGUCUAGCUAUGUAUUUUAAAAAAAUAAUAAUAACUAAUCUAUGACUAAAGGUUUUACUAAAGUGGGAUUAUAGUUCAUAAAAAAAACAAUUAAUUAAUGUAGAGCUACACCAAAACCUCACCAUCAGACUUUAUUGAGAUGAGACUAAUUUUUUUUUUUUACAAUAACUCAUUUAAAACAAAAUAUUGACUUGUUUUAAUUUUUAACCCCGACUUGUUUUCUUCUUCCUUUAGUAUAGUUAAUGAGCUGCCCAAUUUUAAGGUUGGCCUGAGUAUUAAUUUUAAAAUACUUUUAGGUUGGCCUUGAUAUUUUAAAAUACUUUUAGGUUGGCCUUGAUAUUUUAAAAUACUUUUAGGUUGGCCUUGAUAUUUUAAAAUACUUUUAGGUUGGCCUUGAUAUUUUAAAAUACUUUUAGGUUGGCCUUGAUAUUUUAAAAUACUUUUAGGUUGGCCUUGGUAUUAAUUUUUAAAUAUUUGUAGGUUGAUCUUGGUAUUACGUUUUAAAGGUCUACAUUUAUCAAAAACGUAAUUCACUAUUGUUUGGUAUCUACGUAUACCUUUUACAAUAUAUAUGAAGUAUCAAUAAAAUAAAUUUUUAAAAAUUUACCCGUUUUUAAUAUAUUCGCAAUAAAAAGUCGCGUUUUUCCCAUUGCUUGCCAAAAAGCCUCUGGACUCCAAGAGUCAAGUCACAUGCUAACUGGCAUAACAUUCGCAGCCUUUCGGUCAUUUUACAUGGAAGUGGAACACGUGUAUUUUUAAAACGCAAAAAUUUUAUUCUAUUGAAUUGAAUUGUAUGUUUGGAAUAUUAUUUUGAAGAUAUCUUUCAAAUGUGAAACAUGGUGAACCAUUGUUCAUUGUAUGGAUGUACAAAAGCUGCAGUUAAAGGCAAAAAAAGUUAGCAUAUUUUUCCGAAAGACAAACCGACAUUGUUUGCACGAAAGCAGUGCUUAAACCGAACACGUGCAUAUUGGAAAGGACCGUCCAGAUGGGAUUCGAUUUGCAGUGACCACUUCACACCUGGGGAUUACGACAAUUAUCUAAGAUGGUUGAUGGGGAUGGUACCGAAACUUUUGUUAAAGAACUUGUCUGUUCCAAGCCUGUAUCCCCCCUGUUCAGCCUAUUUGCAGCCUGGAGCCCGAAUGUCACCCGGAGACAAAAACAAAGCCCGAAUAUUUGGCACAAAGAUACACUUCAACACGAUGCAUUUAUAUAUUUUAAAAAAAAAAAUGUAGGAAAAAUAUUUUUAGACAAAAAUUGCAUUUUUCAUGUUCGGGCUGUACAUAACGAUAUCCCGAACAUCGCCAGAAAACAAAAACAGAUAGGCCUAUCGAAUGUUAAUGCGAUUUUUUCUAAAACAUAUUUUUUCUACAUUUAUUGUUUUAACAUAUACAGUCAGACCUCGGUACAACGACCAUCGUUACUGCGACAUUUACACCAUCUGACCAAAAAUUGUUGGGAACAAAUGUACAUCAGUGUUAUUCUGUUCAUUACAACGGAAUUCACAUCUUCCGAUACCAACACCGACAGAGCAAAUUAGGAACAAACGUGCAUCUGAUGUCUGAAAACACCUCUUUACAACGACAUUACAUAAUCACAGAUACCAUAGCAUAUUGGCAGUACACACACAACCACUUAGAU